AUGUCUGUCAACGGACAUUAUGGCAGAGCUGAUUGGCCUUUGCCCUCUUCCUCGUGGAUCGACAAGGUCUUGUUCUUGGGAACUGGAACUAGCGGACAAGUGCCGGCAAUACACUGUGUCACCAAGCCCGACUUUGGCAACUGUGCGGCAUGUAAGGAUGCUACUCUCAAUCCGACAGGCAAGAAUCGCAGAGGAUGUACAUCAGCUGCUGUGGUCGGCCGUCAUCCCCAGGACACACAAGACAGCACGAUCUUGAUCGAUUGCGGUAAAACGUUUUACUCCAAUGCUGUCGUACACUUUCCAAGAAACGGCCUUCGUGCGAUCCGCGCCGUCUUGCUAACACAUGCUCAUGCCGAUGCGAUCCUCGGACUUGACGAUCUCAGAGCUUGGACCAUGGGUGGCGUCAUUCAAAGACAAGUCGAUAUCUACCUCACACAGGAAUGCAUGGCCGUUGUUGAAGGCAUGUUCCCUUACCUUGUCGACCGCUCCAAGUCGACUGGCGGUGGUGAUGUCCCAACGCUCCGUUGGAACAUCAUCAGCAAGGACGAACCCUUUGUCAUUCCAAGCUCAGAGGGACGCAGGGAGAUUCAGGUCCAGCCUCUGCCAGUGCUCCACGGCUAUGUCGGUCGAACGUCGCCCUUUUGGUGUCUCGGUUUCCGCAUCGACUCUUUCAGCUACAUCAGCGACUGCCACGAGAUCCCAAGCAGCACGCUCGACCUCAUGCGUGGCAGUCAAGCUAUCGUAAUGGACGCUCUCAAGAUGGAUCGCCAUCUCUCUCACUUUUCCUUCUCGCAAGCGCUCUCGUUCUUUGCUUCGUUCUCACCGCCACCAGCACUGGGUCUUCUCACCGACUUUACGCACCGGAUAGAGCACUACGCAACGCAAGAGCUGGUUGAUACAUGGAGGAAUGGAAUGCUGGCUGCACAAGUCAACGGACAAGUGGCAGUCGAGUCAUUGCCUGUCAACGGCAACAAAGCGGGAAGCCGAGGAUCGAACAAGGAUCGUGCUUCAAUGGGAGAGGGUGGUGGUCAACGAUGGUGGACAGAUGUCUGGGACGAACAAGAGAAUGAGUUCAACAUGACGCUCAGAUUGAAGCAUGUCUAUGAUCCCGUAGACAAGGAGUCGAUACGAGCUGUAUCUCACUAUAUACCUCCGGUCAAGCUCAGCUGGGAUGGACUCGUAGUGCAUUUUUGCUCGAAGCGUUAA